AUGAUAUCCCGAUUCUUCCAGCUAGUCCUGCUGGCAGGAUUGAUCCUUCUGAUCCCAUCGUUUUUGUAUCUUUCGCAUCCAGCGCAACCGACGUUCAUCGAUCCUGCAACGGGACUUGCGUAUACCUCGGAUUCGAUCCUCAGCGGUCAAGCGUCUAACGACCAUGCACAGAUCUCGCAGGGGAAAGGCGUAGAGCAGUCCAAGUGGAACGGGUGGAAUUGGCAGGAUGCUUCUGCUGGAGUACACAAGGUGGAAGACUCGGUGAAAGGGUUGAUCGAUCACUGGCGUCCCACGGGCAACUCUCCCUUUAACCAAGACUCUUCCCCGCUCAAACCACCUCCCUCACCAUCCUCCACCGCCGCUGCUGCUGCCAAAGACACCCAGCGGGUCGACGGCGUCAUAAUGCCCGCCAUGUCCAACCUCACCGCCAAAGCCGCCCUCGGCCGUUCCACCUGGCACUUUCUACACACCAUGACCCUCCGCUUUCCCGACAAACCCACACCGCAAGAAUCGGAAACCCUCCGAUCGUUCUUCCACAACUUCGCCCUCCUCUACCCCUGCGGCGAAUGCGCCCAACACUUCCAACGGCUCAUCAAGGAGCUACCCCCGCAGGUGGGGUCGAGGAUGGGUGCAAGUCUGUGGCUGUGCACAGUGCACAACGAGGUGAACAAGAGCCUGGGAAAGAAGGAGUUCGAGUGCGAUAAGCUCGACGAGAGCUACGAUUGCGGUUGCGGAGACGAUCCCAAGUCAAAGUCGAAGGAAUCGGGGUCAGGGUCAGCAACGAAUAGUGCACCGCCAAUCGCUGCACCGCCAUCGCAUAAGGACGUAACCCCAUUCGCAUAG